AUGGCGGCCAGCGAGGAGUCCGACGCUAUGAAGCAGUUCAAGGAACUUCAGUCGAAAUACAUUGAGACCACCCAGAGGAAUAAGAGGCUGAAAGACAUCGUCUUGAAGAGUAAGCAGGAUAUCCACAGAGCUGCGCUCACGGGCACCGAGCUCUCCAACCUUCCAGAGGACAUCCCGUGCUACGAGCCGGUGGGUCGAUCGUUCAUUCGCGAGCCCGUUGCGACGAUCAUGAGCAAGCUCCAGGACACCGUCAAGAAGGCGGGUGAGGAGAUCGAGAAGGCGGAGGGUCAGAGUGUGCACCUGCAGAAGGUGCUCAACGAGACGGAGACGAACAUCAGGGAGCUGCUUGCCGCCAACCCCGGGCUCCAAGAGGAGCUCAUGAAGAAUGGGUACGUGCAGUGA